AUGACAACGUACUCACCAUUCCCUGCAUACAUCUUUGGAGCGGCCUGCGUCAGUCGCGGCGUCAUGGCCUCGCUCUGGCCCCGCGCGGAAUACGAGCACAUGGGUCUGCCGCUCGAAGCUCCCGGUCCCGUGGAAGACGCGUCCGCCGGCCUCGUGUCGCCCCUGAUGUACUACAAGGGGAUCCGCGAGAUCUCCUACGGGGCGACGAUGGUGGCUCUACAGCAACAAGGCCUCGACAGGGCUCUCACGGCGUUUGGCGAUGGGCUAGUGGUGUGGCUUCACGGAGGGCCGGAGCGAAGAUACAGGGCUUGGGGGCACUGGAUCACAGGUGCUGUCUUUGCGGGGUGGGUUUCUUGGCGGUGGACUCGCUGA